AUGGGAAAGUUGGAAUGGGACGACAUGGGAGUGAAGGUUGAUGGUCGGCAGCUACACCAUUUGCGCUUUGCUGAUGACAUCGUACUGAUAACACCUAGCAUCAGCCAAGCGGAACGAAUGCUGACCGAAUUCAACGAAACAUGUGGAUGCAUCGGUCUUCAGGUGAAUCUACAAAAGACGAUGUUCAUGCGGAACGGAUGGAUCUCGGAUGCCCCAUUCACGCUCAACGGAACGAGAAUAUCCGAAUGGAACAGCUAUGUUUAUCUGGGUCGGAAAAUGAACAUAAACGACCUGACCCCCGAGCUGGACAGGAGGAGACGAGCGGCUUGGGGAGCGUAUAAGAGCAUCGAGGAUGUAGUGAAGAAGACCAGGAACACCCUGUUCCGUGCUCACCUCUUCAACACCACUGUACUUCCUGCUUUGACCUAUGCUUCGGAAACCUGGACAUUUCGCAAGCAUUAA